AUUAUCACCAUAGAUAAUUAUGCUUAAGCAUAGUUUUGUUGUAUGAUGCUAAUGUGGUCUGUGGGUGUUCACAGUGCCAUGUGGCUUGGGGUGUAGGCGUAGAAGUGUAAUAAUUUACUGAUACGUAUAUAAUUGUGCUAUUCCUAGGUCUUAGUCACCGAGCGUGCAGUGAACAGUAUGACUGAAUUACUGUCAAUAUCUUUUUAUCGGAAGUAUACAUUGCAGUGUAUUGUAGGUCGCGGUCAAGAAGAAUGAGUGAGUGAUGGUCAUAUUUAGUAAAAAUAUGUGGCCAUCACGACUCUUGAAGUAUGGCCUUGCCACAGGGGUAACAUUAGGCACCAUAGCAUCACUGAAGGCCAAUCAGUAUAAUUUUGAUUCGGUUGGAGUUGUUCGUCUUGGAAGAGCCGCAGCCACUGUGUUUAAUAUAGCUGUCUACUAUAAGCAGACUCUGUAUCGCAGCCAGCUUGACAAUUCUUCCAAAGAAUUCUUAGAGCUGAAGUCUUCAGUUCACAGAAGGGCUGCAGAGAAACUUCUUGAGUUAUGUUGCACAAACCGAGGUGUCUACAUCAAAGUAGGGCAGCAUAUCGGAGCCCUGGAUUAUUUAGUCCCUCCUGAAUAUGUGGAAACCAUGAAGGUGCUUCACAGCCAGGCUCCGCGCUCCACUAUAGAAGAAGUGUAUAAAGUUUUACGAGAAGAUCUCAAACAAGAUCCCUUUGAAAUAUUUUCAGAUAUAGAUGAGGAACCGCUUGGAGCAGCAUCAUUAGCUCAAGUUCAUAAGGCAACACUUAAAGAUGGAACAGUAGUAGCAGUGAAAGUGCAGCACCCAUAUGUACGAGGGAAUUCACUCAUCGACAUGAAGACCAUGGAGGCUCUUGUUAAGUUGGUCUCCUGGGCAUUUCCAGACUUCAAAUUUUCGUGGCUGGUGAAGGAGACAAAACGGAACAUCCCUAUUGAGUUGGACUUUCUCCAAGAAGGGCAUAAUGCAGAGAAAGUGGACAAAAUGUUCACCCAUUUACCUUGGUUGAAGGUACCGAAAGUGUACUGGAAUCUAUCAACAAGUCGAGUGUUGACCAUGGAAUAUGUGGAAGGCGGGCAGAUCAAUGACCUGGCUUACAUCCGUUCCAACAGCAUUGAUCCCUAUGAAGUAGCAGAUAAACUGAGUCAGCUGUAUUCACAGAUGAUUUUCAUUCAUGGUUUUGUGCACAGUGACCCCCAUCCAGGGAACAUUCUGGUCAAGAAGACACCAAAAGGAGCAGUGGACAUUAUACUUCUUGAUCAUGGCCUAUAUGCAGAACUCAGUAAUGAAUUCAGAUGGGAAUAUUCAAAACUGUGGUUCAGCAUUCUAAAUAAAGACAAGGAAGGCAUGCGACAGCACAGCCAAAAUUUGGGUGUAGGUAACUUAUACUUCCUGCUAGCCUGUAUGGUCACGGGUCGGACGUGGGAUAGUAUAAUGUCUGGCAUCCAGAAGACAAAGUGGACUAAUAGUGAGAAAGCUGUUCGAGAUAAAGAAAUACCAAAUCUACUGCCACAGAUCAGUGAUGUCCUAGAAAACAUAAAUAGCCAAAUGCUUCUCAUACUGAAGACGAAUGAUUUAAUGCGAGGCGUGGAGUUUACACUUAAAGCCCAAAACAGGAAAACAUCAUUUUUUGUUAUGUCUCGGUGUGUCAUCCAGAGUGUUUAUGGGGAACGUGUGAAGCUGUGCAAGACCUGGCUGUCACGCUGGAGUACUGUCAUGUCGGAACACUGGGCACUUUUUAAACUGUCUAUGUACUACACAUACCUGAGUGUAAUUAGUCUCCCAUUUGUAAGCAGCUUGUUUAGCGUAAUGAAGUCGUAACAAUAUGUUUUCAUAUCGCAUAAUUUUUACAUGUUACUGUAAAUGAACACUUUUGAUCCCUAAUUGUUGAGGAGACUGAAAAUACAGUUACCAUUGCAGUUA